CAGCACAGAAUACCUCAAACACGGUGCAGUCUGAAAUUGGUGUGAACAAAAUAAAAUACAAUAGGAACGCCAAUCAAAAUCUGAUCCCAGGGAGCCCAAAUUACAUAUAUUGGAUUUCCCUCUGGCGAAACGGUUGUCGGAAAUUCUGAUUCUCCUUCUUGAUUGAUUUUCUAUCAGGCGAUCGACGGCUGAGGACCUAUUCAAAGUCAUGUUCAAAAGUUUCUGGGGCUCUCAGGAGCAGCAAGCUCAGCCACGGCCACAGGAAAUCUCUACAGAUUCAUGGUAUCCACCUUCUGUCAACAGUUCAGCCAGCUCCUCACGCCCAACAACUCCUGGUGGCACAUCAAGCAGCUUCAGCAUGUCAAGACCAAACGAUCGACCGAGCUCUUUAUCUAAUGUUUCACCAGCGGAAGCAGCAGGCAUCAUUGCUAUGUUGAAAGAUAAGAGUGUUGAUGAGCUAAGAAAGCUUCUGUCAGAUAAGGAUGCUUAUCAGAAUCUCUUACUUUCUCUAGAACCUGUCAGAACUCAAAACAGGGUCAGGGAUGAACUUAAGAAUGAGACUCUGCAGCUUGCUAGAGAGAAUCUAGAAAAAGAACCACGAAUAAUGGAGCUAAGGAAUCAGUGCAGAAUAAUCCGCACUACAGAGCUGGCUACUGCUCAAGAAAAAUUGCAUGAAUUAGAGAGGAAGAAAGAAGAGACUAUGAAGUAUUAUUCUCCCUCAUCACUACUUCACCGACUUCAAGAUGCAAUGAAUAAAACAGACGAGGAAUCUGAGGCUCUUCACAGACAGCUUCUUGAUAGAGAGAUUGAUUUGGCAUCCUUUGUACAGAAAUACAAGAAGAUGCGUUAUGCGUAUCACAAACGUGCCCUUACCCAUCUUGCUGCUAAGACAUCUGCAACCAGCUGAACCUCGGUAUGCUAUCAAACUGAAUGGGCUUCUGGAUGUUAUACUGCUUCUCCUCUCCUAUGUAAAAUUGAUUUGUACGUACGACUGCUGUGUAUGAUUCCUUUUUGGUUCCUUUAUGUUUGAUCGAUUUGCAUUCAGUUUUAAACAGUAUUAUAGAGAAAUAUUUAGAAACUAUUCUGUGGAACAAAAAUCAGUAAAGUCA